UUGGUGAGGCUGUCACUUCUCAUGCUAACGCUCCGGUGCUGCACCUGCUUCUACAACUAACAGAUGUGGCAGCUCAAGGGCGCUGCUGCUUCUCUGCCGGAGCCAAUUCCCUCCGCACGCCCAGGCUCCAUUUGACGGAAUGUGAAAAUACAUGGAGUCCUGUGAGCGCCACGCGUGUUCUCCCUCGGUUGGCAGGCAGGUAUUUUCCCACAGCCAGGCGUCGCAGUGGGGAAGCAUCCUUUCCCUGCUGGGGAUGUAGCAUGGAGGCUAGCUCACUAAUGGACAACACGCAUGUUUAUAUCCGUGCGUAGAGGCAACUUGAACACGUAGCGUGGACGGCCCUUGUUUGCAUGUCAUGAACCGUCAGUACCCGCCUCAUGGGACACACACACGCUCCUCCAUCACUCACAACUUCCACACGAAAAACUCUGACGUGACCGUUACGUGUGGGCUGACGUUUACUUCAUCGCGGUGAAAAGAAACAGGGAGACGGCUGACAUUUGUUUUUUCCAAGUCCUCAUCCACUCGGCGGCGGGUGGAACGUCACAUGGCUCCUUUCAGCCCGCGUCCCUCUUCGUGGAAACUUCCCGUGUGAGUGUCGGGGGAUGAGGAGCAGCUCUCCAGGCAGAGGACCGACACAGGACCGUCACACCGAGCCGGCUGUGUGUCCCCGUGGCCGGGGCAGAGAGCGUUAACCCAGGACAACCUCACACCUCACACCGGAACCGGCGUCCGCACACAUCCACCGUGUGGACCGGGAAGCCUGAGUGUCCACUGUGCGGCUCCAGCUGCGUGUCGGCUGGAGGCGGUCUGGACCAGCACGGAACCAGUCAUGACAAAGCACUUCUGGGCUGUGUUACCUCUGCAGUCAUUGGAUGUUGUGGUGAAGUGGACACGGGCUGAAGUGAUGCUCAGCCUCAUGUGCACAAUGUGUUAAACCAGGAAUCCUCCCAUCCCUUACAUUCCUGUACAUACACACAUCCCUCCCGGGACCUCAGCUGAGCCUCUCGUGGACUUCAGUGGGCACUGUCCCCCGGGACAGACAUCUUGGAUCACAUUACAUUAUUGCCCUCACCACCACCUUACUUUGCUGGGCACAGACCUCCUGCACACCCCCAGGGGCCCGCUGAUGGUGCCCAGACACUUCGAGAGCCACUGGUUUAAGUUCUUUCCCUAAAGUGUCCUCUGGUUUUCUGUUGUUCUUUUUCACCAUGCACUGAAGACCGAGCUGGAGGCCGAGAGUCAGAUUUACACUGAGUCAGCCAUGCCUAUCAGAAAAAAAGACACAGCUCGAGCCUUGGGGCUUUUGGAGGAGUACUGCACUAAACUGAGGAAGCCGGAGGAGCAGCAGCUCAAAACUGCCAUUCAGAGAGUGAUGGGGAUUUUCAAAAGCAACCUGUUUGAAGCCCUUCUUGAUAUCCAGGAGUUCUAUGAAGUGACGCUACUAAACACACAGAAGAGUUGUGAACAAAAGCUUGAGGAGGUCAACCACAUGGCUGACAAGUGGGAGAAGAGUGUUUCCAUACAGAACUCUGAUGUUGCACACUCGGCCUGCCCAGUGGAGGAGCAGAGGGAACAGAGCAGCUCAGAUCCUAGUGGGAUGGAGCAGGGAGAGAGCAGCACCAAGUCCUCUGAGAACAGGCCACCAGCAGUACAGGGGUCCCCCCACAACGGCCAGACCCCACCCUGCAUGAGCCCUGCCUUGAUGAACGCUCCCUGGCAGUACCACUACCAAGAAGACGACUCGCCGCCUCUUGACCAGGGAUUCCCACGACUUACCAACGAGGUGCGCUCCCCUGAGCUUGUGCACGUGUCCGAGAAGAACCUGUCUGAGAUCGAGAAUGUGCACGGCUACGUUUCCCACUCCCACAUCUCUCCUCUCAAGCCUGCACUGGUUACCCGUUUUGAUCUUGCAUACCCGAGUGUGACCACAGCAAACUACAUGGCCAGCCCUGCCCCAAUAAUCGUCAACACAGACACUUUGGAGUCAGUUCCUUACGUCAACGGCACAGAAAUUGAAUAUGAGUUUGAGGAAAUCACUCUGGAGCGGGGUAACUCAGGGUUGGGCUUCAGCAUCGCUGGAGGAACAGAUAACCCACACGUCGGUGAUGACCCUGGUAUCUUCAUCACUAAGAUCAUCCCUGGAGGUGCUGCAGCAGAGGAUGGGCGCUUGAGAGUAAACGACUGCAUCCUGCGGGUGAAUGAUACAGACGUGUCUGAGGUUUCUCACAGUAAGGCAGUAGAGGCCCUGAAGGUUGCAGGUUCUAUUGUCCGACUAUAUGUACGGCGCCGGAGGCCAAUGUUAGAGACCAUCAUUGAGAUCAAACUCAUCAAAGGACCAAAAGGGCUUGGCUUCAGUAUUGCAGGUGGAGUUGGAAACCAGCACAUCCCUGGUGACAACAGCAUAUAUGUCACCAAAAUCAUUGAAGGUGGGGCAGCACAGAAGGAUGGGCGGCUACAAGUUGGAGACAGAUUGUUAAUGGUGAACAAUUACAGUCUGGAGGAAGUGUCUCAUGAAGAGGCUGUGACCAUUUUGAAGAACACGUCGGAUGUGGUCUACCUAAAGGUGGGAAAGCCCACCAAUGUCUACCUAUCAGAUCCCUAUGGGCCUCCUGAUAUCACACACUCCUUCUCUCCAGCCAUGGAAAAUCAUAUCUCUUCCCCCAUCAACAGUGGAACUCUGGAGUACAAGUCCGGUCUCCCCCCCAUCUCCCCAGGGAGUUAUUCCCCCCUCCCUAAGCACUUACUGGGGGAAGAGGAUAUAAACAGGUUGGAUGGUUUUUCCUUUUUACGAAAUCCUUCGCUAGAUGAUGGGGAGGGUCUCAGGUUUGAUUCCCAGCACUUCCAGUUGAGGCAUCCUGAGCCAGUUUACAGCACUGUGAACAAACUAUGUGACAAAGCUCCCUCCCCCCGACACUAUUCCCCAGUGGAGUGCGACAAAAGCCUCCUACACUCCGCCCCCCUCCCAAACUAUCACUUAGGCCUGUUCCCUGACUCGGACAUCCACAGGGAUCCCAGGAAGGUCGUGCUCCACAAAGGCUCCACAGGCCUCGGCUUCAAUAUUGUGGGUGGCGAGGAUGGCGAGGGAAUCUUUGUGUCCUUCAUCCUGGCCGGAGGGCCCGCCGAUCUGAGUGGAGAGCUGCGGCGAGGCGACCAGAUCUUAUCGGUAAAUGGCAUUGACCUACGAGGGGCCACACAUGAACAAGCAGCAGCGGCACUGAAAGGAGCGGGACAGGUGGUCACCAUCUUUGCCCAGUACAGACCAGAGGAACUUGCUCUUUGCUCACCACGACGGGCCCAUGCUCCUGCUCCAGAAUAUGGGCGUUUUGAGGCCAAAAUCCAUGACCUGCGGGAACAGAUGAUGAACCACAGCAUGAGCUCUGGGUCAGGAUCCCUGCGAACCAAUCAAAAGAGAUCGCUCUAUGUGAGAGCCCUGUUUGACUAUGAGAGGUCAAAGGACAGCGGCCUUCCCAGCCAGGGGCUCAGCUUCAGGUAUGGGGACAUCCUCCACGUCAUCAAUGCCUCAGAUGACGAGUGGUGGCAGGCACGCCGCGUCACCCCGCAUGGGGACAGUGAGGAAAUGGGUGUCAUCCCCAGCAAGAGACGGGUGGAGAGGAAGGAGCGGGCGCGUCUAAAGACUGUGAAAUUCAAUGCCAAGCCAGGGUCAUUUGAUUCCAAAGGGUCAUUCAAUGAUAAACGUAAAAAGAAUUUCAUCUUUACACGAAAGUUCCCAUUCUACAAGAACAAAGAGGGUGAGCAGGAUGGCAGUGAUUCAGACCGGAGUCAAGAUGAAGUGAUCCUCUCAUAUGAGCCUGUGUUGCGGCAAGAAAUUAGUUAUGCCAGACCUGUCAUCAUCCUCGGACCGAUGAAGGACAGAAUCAACGAUGAUCUAAUAUCAGAGUUUCCAGACAAGUUUGGCUCUUGUGUACCACCUGCUCUCAGUUCAGGGUACCAAGAUACCACUCGGCCGAAGAGGGACUACGAGGUGGACGGGCGAGACUACCACUUUGUGAUGUCCAGAGAGCAGAUGGAGAAGGACAUCCAAGAGCACAAGUUUAUUGAGGCGGGACAGUACAAUGAUAAUCUUUAUGGAACAAGUGUCCAGUCUGUGAAAUAUGUGGCUGAAAGGGGUAAACACUGCAUUCUGGAUGUGUCUGGAAAUGCCAUCAAACGACUACAAGUAGCACAACUCUAUCCCAUCGCCAUCUUCAUCAAACCAAAGUCUAUUGAUUCAUUAAUGGACAUAAAUAAGAGACUGACAGAGGAUCAAGCCAAGAAGACAUUUGACAGGGCAAUGAAGCUGGAGCAGGAGUUUGGUGAAUUCUUCACAGCCCUGGUUCAAGGAGACACCUUAGAGGACAUUUAUAACCACUGCAAACAGGUCAUAGAGGAACAUUCAGGACCCUAUAUCUGGAUCCCCUCAAAGGAGAAACUAUAAUAACUCUUCACUCUGGAAAGGAGUCUGGACUACUAGAAAAUAGUAACACGUUGUAUCAUACAAUAAUUUAUGGCGAUGAAUAGUCUUCAUAAAUAAUUAUUCUGAUUCUGUUUUUUAUUAUUAUUUUAUUCUAUUUUUCUCUUUUGUUCGGUUACUGCUUCAUUUUUCACUCAACAUGAAUGUUCCUGAAUGUAAAUGAGUGUUAGAAAAUGUUAGUUCUUCAAACUUCAACUGUUUGUGUAUUUGCUGAUUUUUGUUUGAAGAAAAAGGAAAAGAAAUGUAAAGGAAGUUAAAUAAAUAUGGGUUCGUGUCCGUGACGGCACUGUGUACAAUUUCAAGCAGGAAACUGAAGGUGGUUUAUACAAUGCAAAUGUCUUUGCUUUGCUAAUGUAGGAAGGAAACUCGGUAUUCCAACUACAACACUCUCCCCUUCCUUUCACAUUGCAAAUAAUCAUAUAAAGUUCAAUGUUUUGUCAGAUUUUCUGUGCAUUUCCUGAACACAGCUUUUGUCUUCGUUUACACUGCCAUUCCUUCUUUCAAUCACUGUAUUUGUUUCUCUGACUUGACAUGAGCAUGUGUCAGGAAAAUGUUUUGUUCACUGUACAAUGUUCAUGUGUUUUGUUUUUUUAUUUAAAGCAGACAUUUCUUAUUCAGCUGUUGCAUUGACAAUUAUAAGUAAAGGGAGAAAGCUGCUAUCUGCAUUGGAGAUGUACCACUAUAUUUUGCUACUUAAAUUGCUAGAGGGCACAAAAGCACAGAGUUAUUUAUUAUUGAAAAUAUAACUUUGAUUAAAAGGUCAUUUACAGAGCAUAUUUUAAUGGAGUGAUGUAGUAUGUUGUGACUGUGUUAGGAUGGAUGGGAAUAUAAUGCUGAAAGAGACAUUUGACGUUCCAGAAUUUUGAAGACUUGGAGAGGAGAGGGCAGUGAUUGAAGUUAAUACCGACACACGUUUUUGUCUCACGAAACUAACAGCAAGACGCAGAUAAGUCUGAGUAUUCUGUAGCACCACUGUACAGAAAAUAAGGAAGUGAAAUAUUUAAACAAGGUGAGUUUUUGAAGAGGAAGUGAUUCAAAGGUUUCCACAGGCAGGUUGCUCCAAAGACCCUUUGGUAAAUAUUUGAUCAUAAUGAUUUAUAAUCAUACAGAUUGAUCAACCCAACACACAAUCUGGUCUAAUGACCUGAAGCUGCUCUUCCGUUAAUAUAUAAAAAAUAUAUAUAUUGGUGUUUUCCCAUAGUUUUUCCCUACAGAGCUGUGGUGGAGGGACACUUACAGAAGAAGGGAGGGCUGCAGCUUCAUAUUAAUAUAAACCUUUGAACAUAUAUUUGCACAGAAUGGAGACUGGAUUCUGUCUCAUCACUUACAUUUGAAUUCCAUAAGAUCUUUCAAUGGCCAGUGUGAGCACGAGGCUAGGAAAAGCAGUUUCUAUGCUCAUCUGGGAACCUGACUAUUGUUUUAAGAUGGACCAAAAUAUAACUAAUGAUACUGAUAAUGCAACAAGGUACUAACAAGUUGUUGUCGGUGGCCUGACAGUGAACCUAUUGAACGCUUCAGUCAUGGCUUGUCUGAGCUGUAUAAGUUGGAGCCAUGAGCUGAACACCUGACAGGAUGAUAGACCCGGUCCUGAAUCAGCUGCACAGACCCCAGACACCUGAAUACAGCUGUCUGACAUUUAUUACUAUUUGUUUUAGAAGUGGAUGAGCCCUGAUGAUGAUGAGCAGAUGGUUAACAGACCCAGCACGAUACAGUAUGUUUACUGUGUAUGUGUUUACUCACCAUUUGCUUGCCUUGUUUGAAAGGGCAUACAAUAUAGUACCUCGCUUUAUUCAAAAUAAAAAUCCAUUAUGUACUUUAAGCACUUGGAAUGACUAAUGCAUCUAACCAUUGUGAUGACCUCCCUGUUUUGUUUAGCUGCAACGCCACUGGCUGUUAGAUUCCCACAAUUUGUGUGUGAUAUAUAUUCUAGUAUUACUGCUAUUUGAUUUAGACAGCAUGUUUCACCCAACCUGUUACCUAGUAAAUAUCCUAGUUACAUUUAUUGCAGGUAUGUUUCUAAUCAAUGGGACAUUUCUAAAGUGCACUUAUUGAUUUUUGUGACAGAAAUGGGCACUGUAUGCUAAAGGUAAUGAAUACAACUUUUAAAACAAAUAUAAAUCACAUCCGUUGUUUAUUGUGUGAGACGGCACAGUGACACCUGAGGAGACUGAACUCUGACCUGCUUGUAUGGACCAUAUACUGUACUUGGCAUCGACUGAUAAGACACACUGAAAACACACCUCAGUUUAGGAAAUGAGCGUGGACUUUCAAGUUUUAUGUACAAAUAAGAUCAUCUUUCUCUGCUCCCUUCUCAUAAACUGCUUGAGAUUUGUGGCUGAUGGAGCAAAUGUUUUCAGUUGUGAUAUGUGUAGAUCAAUGCUUGUGUUUCCAGAUAUCUGCCAUCAUUCUUUUGCAAAAUUCCCAUAACGUAUAUUGGUCACCACUUGCCUUAACAGACUAGGUUUACUCUAUAUAUAUAUAUAUCAAAGCUGAAAGCUUAUAAAUGUACUUUUCCUUUGAGGAUGAAAAAUUGUAUUUAAUUUUCCUUCACGUCUACAAUUGAGUGAGAGAAGCUGAAUUGAAAAUAUGUCUUAUUGCUGAGGGUGAACGUCUUGAAAUUGUAAAGUUAAAAGACUGAAGAGAUAUUUUAUAUUUUGUAAAUUUAUCUGAAAAAUUUGCAUUCAUGUCACAACAAGAAACGCAUUUUAAAAUGGGGGUUCGAGAAACACCUGAAUAUUUUGGCUCUUGUGUUUUUCAGAGGUCUUAUUGGCCAGCAAUAUUACAUGUGAAAGAAAAUAUAUCUUGGCUUGAUACUAAUGCAAAACUAAUAUAAUACUUCCAAAGUCAUUGUGAAAACUUUAACACGUGAUAUUUUACAGGCCAGUGGGGUUUUGUGUGGAAAUGUAAAGGAUGUCUGACCUAUGCAUGUUGCAACAGUCUUCUGUGUCUCGUGGAUGUGCAAUAUUCAACACAACUGGAGCAUUGAGGUAGCCUACCUGCUGUCUUUUAAGAUUUGAUCCAACUGCAGAUUUUAAACAUUCAAUCAGACUUGUGUCUAUUUUAAACCCAAAUAAAAACACUGUUGUAAGA